AUGGCCGAGCCGGGGCUGGAGCCCGGGCGCGCCUGGCGGGGGCUCGCCCUGUGCGGGGCCGCCGUGUUCCUGGCCGCCGCCGCGGCCGGCGGGGCCCUGGUGGCUUGGAACCUGGCCGCCUCGGCCAACCGGGGGCCUGGCUGCCCAGAGCCGGGGCUCAACGCCACGGCGCCGCCGCCGGGGGACCCGGGGCCCGAGCUCCAGGAUCUGCAGCGCCGGCUGGCCAAGGCCAUCGAGCAGCGGGACCGGGCCGAGCGCGGCCGUCGCACCUUGGAGAGUGAGCUGAAGACCUGCCAGACCCAACAGAGCCAGCUUCGGACUGAGCUAAAGACGCUGAAGGCGGAGCUGGACGAGGUCAAGGCGCAGCGGACCCAGAUGGGGGCCAAGAACGGGGCGCUGGCAGAAGCCGUGGCGCGCUGGGAGGCCGUGGCCGCAGACUCCGCCCGACGGCUGGACGAGGCGCAGCUGCGCGCAGGCGCGGCCGAGGCCCAGAGCGGAGCCUGCGCCGCCCGCGAGGCGGCGCUGCGGGAGCGCGUGUGA